UUGCUCGCUCACUCACCCUUUCACUCAUCCUCUCAGUGUGUGAAGAAGACUGCUGGCCCAAACUUGGGAGAGGACAAAGCUGGUUGUUUAUCUUGUUCUUCUCUUCCUGUGACCCUGACAUAGAGGAAGAAAAGGACACAGACUGAGGGAUAAGUUAGAAGAGAGGAGGAAUAAGAUAUACUUUUGUGAAACUUCAGUAGUGAUGGUGCCUGAGCUUGUCAUACACUAACAAAAGUCAAGCAGUUUAUACUCUGAGAGUAGUGACUUAGUGACUGAAAUAUUUACACGCUUACGAUUUGGGAUUGCUGAGAGCAGCGCCAGGAGAGAAUGAGGUCAAGGACCAGUGCGAUGGAAGGUCCAGAGGACGAACACAUCAACGUGGCCCCGCCCACCAAAACCUUCAUCCGAGAGGAAAAGGAGAACACACCAGAGCAGAUGAAGAGCAAGAUGAAGGGUCAGCCAGGUGAAAGAGAGGGGAAGACGGCCGUGUCAGCGACGGGGAAAACCCCUCCGAAAAACUCAGGGAGAAAAUCCGGACUGAUAGAUCUCUCCAAAGAAGACCUUCUCCGCCUGCUGGGUGUGAUGGAGGGAGAGGUUCAGGCACGAGAAGACAUCAUCCACAUGUUGAAGUCGGAGCGUCCGCGACCAGAAGCCCUGGAGGCUCACUACGGCUCGGCGCUCCCCUCCAAGCCCCUCCUGGCCCUGCAGAGAGACAGCCUGCUGACCACCAACACGACAGCUCUGGAUGACGUCUACGACACACCCAUGGCUGAGCUCGACCGGCUGGAGGAGAAGCAGAGGGAGACGUACCGGCGCAUGCUGGAGCAGCUGCUGAUGGCGGAGAAGUGCCACCGGCGCACGGUUAACGAGCUGGACGGGGAGAAGCGCAAGCAUGCCGACUUCAUGAACAAGAGCGACGACUUCACCAACCUGCUGGAGCAGGAGAGGGAGAGAUUAAAAAGGCUGCUGGAGCAGGAAAAGGCGUACCAGGCUCGUAAAGACAAGGACCACAGCCGAAGGCUAGAGAAGGUCCGAGAGGAGCUGGUCCGACUGAAGUCCUUUGCCCUGAUGCUGGUGGACGAACGGCAGCUCCACAUCGAGCAGAUCGACCUGCAGAGCAACAAGGUCCAGGACCUCAGCCAGAAGCUGCAGGAGCGAGAGCAGCGCCUGACCGCCGCGACCGGCACGGCCCAGGAAGACAGCCAGAAGGUCCUCAAGCUCGAGGUGGAGUUGGAGCACAAGGCCGCCAAGUUUUCCCAGGAGCAUGAGGAGAUGACCGCCAAGCUGGCCAACCAGGAGUCCCAGAGCCGCCAGCUCCGCCUGAAGCUGGCAGGCCUGGGCCACAGGAUCGAGGAGCUGGAGGAGAGCAACCGAGCUCUGCAGAAGUCGGAAGAAGACCACCAGGAGCUGAGAGACAAGAUGAGCAAGGGGGAAUGUGGGAACUCCAGCCUCAUGGCGGAGCUGGAGAGCCUCCGUAAGAGGCUUGUGGAAAUGGAGGGAAAAGACGAGGAGAUCACCAAGACGGAGAGCCUUUGCAGGGAACUGAGAAAGAGACUGCAGGACGAGGAGAGCCAUGGCAAGGAGCUGAGGCUUGAGGUGGACAAACUGCAGAAGAGAAUGGUCCAUCUGGAGAAACUGGAGAGCACUUUUGACAAGAGUAAAACCGAAUGUUCACAGCUUCAUAUAAACCUGGAAAGAGAAAAGAACGUGGCGAAGGAUCUGGCUAUUGAGAUGGAGGCGGUGAAAAGUCGUGUGAGAGACUUGGAGGGUUCGGAGUUGAGACUCGAGAAGGUGGAAAUGGGCCUGAAGGAUGACCUGAUGAAGCUCAAGUCCUUCACAGUGAUACUGGUGGACGAGAGGAAGAACAUGGCGGAGAGAAUCAAACAGGAGGAGCAAAGAAGUGACGAUCUGAGUAAGAUGUUCAAAACGGAGCAAGGCAAGGUCAUGGAGGUCACAGAGAAGCUCAUUGAGGAGAGCAAAAAGCUCCUCAAACUGAAAUCGGAGAUGGAGAUCAAAGUGACAAGCUCGACUAGAGAGAAGGACGAACUGAAAACAAAACUCGCAAGUGAAGAGGAAAAGUGCAGGGAUCUGACAUGCAAGGUGAGCGCAAUGAAAAAGCGCAUGGACGGCCUGGAGGAGGCGGAGAGGGAAUCGAGAACAACCAGGGCCAACCAGGACAACUACAGACACCCCGACGAGGACAACAAAAUCAAGGAGCUGACUCUGGAAGUUGAGAGACUCAAAAACCGCCUCAAGCAACUCGAGGUGGUGGAAGGUGAUCUGAUGAAGACGGAGGACGAGUACGACCUCCUGGAGAAGAAGUUCCGAAUGGAGCAGGACAAGGCCAAUGCCCUUUCCCAGUUGCUGGAGGAGAUGAAGGGUCACAUUGCCAGGAACAAGGCCAUAGAGAAAGGGGAGGCCGUCAGUCAGGAGACUGAGCUGAGAACGCGAUGCAAGAUGGAGGAGGCCAAGACCAGAGACCUUCAGGCAGACGUCCAAGCCCUGAAGGAGAAGAUCCACGAGCUGAUGAACAAGGAGGACCAGCUCUCCCAGCUGCAAGUGGACUACUCUGUUCUCCAGCAGAGGUUCAUCGAGGAGGAGGACAAGAAGAAGAGCAUGAUCCAGGAAGUGGCGAGCCUCGCCAAGGAGCUGGAGGCCACCAAGCGUUACAGUCGUGCCUUGAGGCCCAGCAUGAACGGCAGGAGGAUGGUGGACGUGCCGGUCACCUCUGCUGCUGUGCAAACAGACCUGGUGACCAGUGAGCCUGUCGAAGAGGAAACCCCCGCGGUGUUCAUCAGGAAGUCGGUCCUGGAGGAGAACCACAUUAUGAGCAACCUGAGGCAGAAGGGUCUGAAGAAGCCCACCGUUCUGGAGCGUUACCCGCCCGCUGCCACGGAGCUGAGCAUGAGAAAAUCCUGGAUCCCCUGGAUGAAAAAGAAGGAGGCGAUCACCGUAACUCAGACCGGCCCCAACAAGGUGACUUCUCUGGACAACGAGGAGUCCUUCCUUCGUCCCCCCGAGGUGACCAUGUCGCAAAAACCUGGCCAGCCUCUGCGCAUCCGAGUAACCCCCGACCACAAGAACAGCACGGCCACCUUGGAGAUCACCAGUCCUAGAGCCGAGGACUUCUUCUCCAGCACCACCAUCAUCCCCACCCUCGGCCUGCAGAAACCGCGGAUCACCAUUGUCCCCAAGCCCACCACCAUGUCCUCCAAGAGCAGGGCCGGCGAAAGCUUCGGGGAUCCCGACAGGGCCAAGUCCCCGGUCACCAUAACCACCAUCUCCAGGGCCAAAUCCCCCGAGGAGCGUCGGAGCGCCUCCUCAGACAGCGGUGCCUUCUCCCCCGUCUCCAUCAUCACGGUCAGCACCACCCCAGUGUCUGAGGCAGCCUCACCGGGGGCCCAGGAGAUGACAACCGGCCACGCCGUGUUCAAGGUGACCCCAGACAAGCAGACAGUGCCGGCUCCUGUCAGGAAAUACAACUCCAACGCGAACAUCAUCACCACCACUGAGGACAACAAGAUCCACAUCCACCUGGGCCCGCAGAUCAAGCGGUCUGCAGAGGGAGGCAGCAACAGCAGUCCCAUGCUCACCAUCAGGCCCCUGACCGUGAGCACGGAAAGCAAAGACACCGCCACAGGGACGGUGCUUCGCUCGCCACGCCACCCGAACGCCACCCCGGGAAAGACCACCCCCAGCAAGGUGACGAGCAGCAUCACCAUCACCCCCAUCACCUCAGCACCCUCCAGACCAACACAGUCAGUGCCCGGUUCGGAUGUGCAGUCAACUCGGGCCGCGGCCACACGAAUCCCUGUGUCAAAAGGUAUGAAAACGGGGAAGGCUGUUCUGGGUAUGUCCACGGUUACCAGGUUAGAGUCACGAGCAGAGAGCCAGUCAAUGAAAAUAGAAGUGAGGAAGUCUGCAGUCUGCAGAUCUGUCUCCUCGGGGGGAGGGAAGAGCUGAGAGCCACACGCUGCCAUGGAAACACACCUCCCAGGACUCCACAUGAUUCCCCGCUUAUCCUGUCUUCUUCCAAAAACAGACAGGGCACAUACAAAAUGCUUAUCUGCACAGACACACUGCAGGACAUCUUUACGAUUUAAGACACAGCAUACUGUAGCUUUAUAUAUACUAUAUAUAUAUAUAUAUAUAUAUAGACAGAUUCAGUGAGCAUUCUUCCUGUACAAACAAUGAUAUUGCUUUGUCCGCACAUUGUAUUUUGAAAUAUAUGUUUGUCCUGUUUAUCCAUGUGUUUUUCAAGCUGUCAGAGUGACACAAAAGCGUUUCCAUUGCAUGUUUUCAUGUGCCUGAAUGCAAUGCUUUUUUUGUUUUAAUUGACACAAUCAGACUAAUUCUCAUCAGGAUUUUCACACUGUGAGUAGACAUUUUUGUUUCAUGAUUCAUUUUGCCAAUACCAUGUAUAUUUCACCCUGACUCAUGGAGGUUUCCGGAUACCAAAUCUCCCUGAAAUGUGUGUAUAAAAGCCAAUUUGAUCAUUUAUCUUCCACACGUAUUUGUUGCACCAGUAAAAUAAACUUUUUCUUUGAAACACAACAUAAGACUUCUGGAUAUCCGUACACCAUUGAUGUAAAAAGGUUGCAGAUGCCAAAAGGUCAGUGAAGUAAAGUUUCACGUCAUGCAAAGCAUGCACUAUAGUGUAUGUACUGUAGGUGAGUAAACAUUACAGUAGGAAGCCUCCAUCUAGUAAUACCUUUUCUGUUUUCGGUGACUCAUCUGCAGAACAGCCCAAACAAAUGACGAACAUGACCCGUAAUGUCAUCAUCCGGCUUGCAUGAGAUGUAUAAGCCACAAAUCAGAUUGUAUAUAAAAAGUCGUCCGUCUAAUUUUUAAGGGGAAUUUUUCUUGCAAAUAUCAAAGACACGGACACAGACGUUACCUGGGUUGAAUUUCAAACUAAUACAGUUGUUUCUCUUAGUGUUAGUACUUCAAAACGACCCUUGAUUGCAAAGUUGUUAAUUUUGCUUAUGGCAAAUCCUUUUUCUCAGUGAGUCAGAGAACUUUACGGAGAGAGUAUAGGAGAGAUUCCCAGAGUGGAAACAGAAGGAGACAGAUCAUGUAUUGGCCCAGAUUCCUGAUAUGAUCUAGCCCGGCUGUAAAGGAUUUGAUUGAUGGACUUCCUGAGGACCCACCACAGCAUGUGACACAAUGUAUAGUUGAGGGCAGCACAUUUGGGUGUCAGGCAUGACAUUUUAUAUUCACUUUGGUAUUUUUGGUAGGAUAUAGACCAAACAGAGACUUGUAAAAUAAAUUAAUAAGUAAAAUAAACAGACAAAAUAUUAUUUACAUUAUGAUCAUUCAAGUAUGGCCUUUUUACAUAGAGACACAGGUUUUUAUUCAAUCCUUUUAUUCAAUCCUUGAUACUCCAAUCCUUAAUUGCGUUUAACAGCAUGUUAAAUAGAUGAAAACUGUACAAAAGGGAAAAGGGCUGUGACAAAAUGAUGGCAUGAAGUCAUGUAACUGUUGGCCUGUCUCUCCUGUACCAAUUCUCUGUUUCUCUCACUGCCUACUGCUUUUUUUGCUCUCCUGACGGCCGCCUUUCUCUUCCACUCAUCUCAUCUCUCCAGAUACACACACUGAAAAAAGAAUAUUGUAGGAGUCUCAUUCAGAUCUAAUCACUUCCAACACUGCCCCCUUUCAGUACCUCCCAUCUUCCCUCUUCUCCUGACCCUUUUCGUUUCCUAAACCAAAACAUGAAUGCAGAAAAUAUGGGAAAUUGCUUGCUUCAAAAGCAUCUCAAAUACUGUAAAGGCACUAGAAGAAUGUCUCUAUUUAUAAAUAAACAGCUCCCUCACAUGGACAGAUGUUGACAUAACUAUAUAAACGUGCAAACAUUGAGAGCAAAUAAAAAACGUAUUCUUCUGUUUGGAAUAGGUCAGCAAUACAGUAUGUACAUUUAGUCAUUUUAUUUACAUUUACAUUUGUAGGCAUGUAGGCAUUAUGUACAAUAAAUAACCAAUCAUUUUGAAAUGGAGAACUUCACAUAAACAUCCAAGGGAUCUAUUGAUUGACCACUGGUCACCUCAUUGACUUUUUUUCCACAGAUGGACCAUAAUCAAAACCAUAAUUAAACAAGGAUGUGGUAGGAUAUCCUGAGAUCACAAAACUAAACAGAUCCGGGUCCAGAUAGAAAAAUUCCACUCAAGGUGCUGAUGCUCUCAUUGUUAAGACUUGAUUAAACAUGGCCUCUGAGUAAUUAAGAAAUACUUAAAUCUGUAAGCAACCUUCCAAUCUAAACUGAUAACAAAUGACCGAUGCAAAACGUAUCCCACUAUCCUAAUGAGCUAGAAUGGAUGAACAAAGGUUUACAUAAUCAGUCAAAUGAGGCAAAUAAGAAAGACUCACUGAUGUCAGGGUUCAAGGGAGGGCAUCCCUGGAUAGCCAACAAAGCAGUGCAGAUGGAGAGAGAUGGGUAGCAGACCAAAGCAAGGCAUGUUCAUAAUAAGGGCGAUGGCUUCAGUUGAGUCCCCUCUCUUGGGAGAAGCAUCUGGAAACCAGGGCUGUGUAUUUGUGAAAAGCUGAAACACAGAGACUCACAACAAGGAUAUUUGACUUUGAUUUCAGCUACAUCCUGCACAUGUAAGCCAUCAUCCCCCUGGGGUUGAUUUUGGUGGCUCAAACCAUCACUCCUGGUUAAACCGUCAGAGCCUAUUUCUUUUUUUUUUGUACAUAUUUAGUCAUUUAGCAGACGCUCUUAUCCAGAGCGACUUACAAAAAGUACAGGGACAUUACCCCCAAGGCAAGUAGGGUGAAGUACCUUGCCCAAGGACACAAGGUAAUUUUGCUUGGCCAGAAUCAAAUCGGCAACCUUCUGAUUAAUAGCCCGAUUCCCUAACCGCUCAGCCAUCUGACUCCCUAAAUAUAAUGGUACAGUCUACUCUCAAUUUACGGAGGAUCCCAUCGGUUAUUUUACUGGACAAUGACAACAAGGGUCACAGUGUGGAUCCACAGACAAUAACUGUUAAUACUUUUACUUAACUUUUACAAAUGCGUUGAUAUUAACGCAUUUGCUUCUAUUAACAAACAUUUGGCUGCUGAGUUAUACAGCAAUUUCAUGAACAUCUUCAUGCCAUUGUGCUGAUUUAGGACAUCAUGUUUUUAACUUGCAACAUUCCGACCUGUAAUCUGUAACUUUUUAAUUCCCGGCUUGGUGAAAGGUUAGUUAGCUGAACUAUGAUUUCUUCUGUGAGAAUACUAGACAUUGAGAGAAUACACCCACUACAAUGAUAAAGGUUUUCAGCUCGACUCUGUUUGUAAAAUUGCCUUGUACAAUUCGGUUGGUCAACCCUCAAGGUAACAUAAAAACAUUAACAUUUGAAUUUCUAUAUUUUUAUGUUGGCUUUCUGGCACAACAUGCCACUCAUUGUGCUAAACAACUUUUGUUCCCACAGGAAAUGUUAUGCACUAUGUGAUUGAGCCUAGAUGAACAUUGAUGUGGAUUUCCUACACCUUCUCUGACAACCACUCUGGAGUGCAACUCUUUUGUCAUUGUGUGCUGCCACAGAGUCAUCAACAUCCUCGUAAGGGAAAACAUUGAGCUGAGGUCUUGAGGGGCAGACGUGUGUGAAGUGUCUAUGACAUUUCUGACAGGAAUUGGGUUGGGAUUUGACUGAGAACUAAGACAAAUUAUCCUGGAGAGAUACAGUAUACAAAUGUAACUGAGUAGUUGUUAAGGAGUGCACAUAAAACCCCUAAAUAAGUAUUAUCUACAGUGUGUAAAAAGAUAAUGUAAUUUAUAAUAGGCCGAAUUUAAAUGACUAAAGUAUGUGACAUUGAAAUAGCCAAUAUUCCCUUCAGGGUAAAUUGAGGCAAAUGUAGCAUAUUGACAGCUUUUGAGGGAGACACAUUUUGAUGGAUUGAUCAAGAUAAGAUAGGGAGUGAUAACACUGAACCCAAAUGUAGUUAACAAUUGUUACAAUAUUUCUUGUCACUAUAGUGUUGUGUAAAAACAGAGUUACGUUUUCUCCCAAUUAUAAUCAUCCCUACACAUGAUUUGAUGAUUUAAACGAUGCUGAUUUAAAAGUGCUUCUCAUGAAGAGGUGGAGGAGGGUGUGGGUGCCAUUAAAUAUACUGGCAUCUUAAAGUACUUAGACAUUUUUGGUUCCUAGCAGGUAACAGAACAAGCACAACAUCUUUCCUGAGAUUAAUGAAUUUAUGUUUUGUAUCUUGCAAUGUUGAACUUUUUGAAGCAGUUAUUAAACAAGCAUACUUGCAUUUCUUGAUAUGAUUUAGCCUACUGUACUGUGUGGCUCAUUGCAAUGACAAGCAAUUUAAUUAUA